CAGAUUUACUAAUUAACAUACAAUAUAUAAGAUAUGGCUAACUCAACACCGACUUCCUGGUGCGGUCGCGGCGAUAAGCCUCGCACUUUUGAUAUCCACAAACCGAUUAUUUGCUAUGACAAGCCGGCGGCAGCCCUGGUCUCCAAGGAUGUCUACGAUGAUAAGCGAUUUCAUGCACUAACUGGCGACAUUGUGGAGACUCUAAUUGUGCCGAAGCGUGAGGCACGCACCUGGACAAUGCAACAAGGUGAUCUCUGUCGCAUUACCGUCCACGAAGGAUCCCAAGUGGGCGAUGUUAAUUUCUGGAAUUUGGAGAACACACAGGAGCGUUUUUAUUCCGGCAAAACGCGUCAAUUGCAUGCAGCACAUCUCAAAGUGUACGAUAGACUUUGGAGCUGUUUGCCAUAUCUGCGUCCAAUGGCCACCUUUGUGUUCGAUACUCUGGCCAACUAUGGUAUCGAUGUGGAUGGCGGUGCACUGCACGAUGUUAUCGGCACGCGUUGCGAUGAUUACACAUACAAGCUCAUCACUGGCAAGGAUCGUGUGGGCAGCUGUCACAGUUCCUUGGUGAAGGCCGUGGUGGAGGAACGAGGAAUGUGCGAACAGGAUGUUCAUGAUGUCUGGAAUAUAUUCAUGUGCACUGGCAUCGCCAAGGACACGAAUCAGUAUUUUUGCAAACCAAGCCCAGCACGCAAGGGUGAUUUUAUUGAAUUUAUCGCUGAUAUGAAUUUAUUGGUGGCUUUGAGUGCUUGUCCUCAAGGAGACGUCUCCAUUGCAGUGGGCGCCGAGGUUCCCGAUGAGAAUUGUCAUCCGCUAAAGGUCGAAGUCUUUCGCAGAAAGUAAUUGACAAAUACAUUUAUAUGUUGUUAAAUUUGAAAUAAAUAAAUAAAUAAAAUUAUUAAAUUCCAAGUGGUCCAAAAA